CAGCGCAUGUCAAUGCAAUGUCAACCAAACCAUUAUUUUUAUUUUCAUUCAUUUUCAUAUUCAUUUUAAAAUAAAAAGCAACUGACUGAAAAAGUUAAAUUAAGGGAAGAAUAAAGGAUGAUUUGCAAACUUAUCUAAUCGAUAACAUUACACCAAAACUUUCUUUUUGUAUUCCAUAAAAGGUAUCUACGAAAUCAAAAUGAAUGCCGAUUUGAAAGAUUCCUUCUCGCGAAUAAAACCAUUCUGUGAUGUAGUGAUGGUUUGUCCGACUCCAAAGAGCAUAUCAAAUUUCGUUUCCCGGGUGGCUGAUCUAAAGACCGAGGCGGUCCAGGAGCUCCAACAGUAUCUUCUUUUUCCAUUCAUUACCCACAUAAAAUCCACAGCGAUUCAAAAUAAUUAUGAAUAUCAAUGGAAAUUAGUGGAUGGAAUGAGGGUUGUGCUGGAGAGGGUUACAGUGAACAGUUUUGAAAUGUGUAUUAAGAUAGAAACAUCGCUAUUACAAUUGGUAUUUGACAACUCAAAGCCUGGCAUGAUUGCUGACGUGCCAGAAGAACUUAAGCACAGUGUCAUGAAGUGUCUCACAGUGCUUUUGUUGAGCAUUGACAGAAGGUUCAGGGAGAAGUUGCUCAAGACGAAAGUACCACUCUUGGCACAAGCUGUCUUCGUCUCUGUGCACAUUGCAAAGUUGGAAAAAAUGAGAGCUUUAAGGCUCGCUGCUAUAAGCAGCGUGAUGGCGCACACGAUGACCCACCCGCAGAUGAUGGACGCCCAGUACCGACUGACGGACCCAAGUCUGGAGGCCGCGGCAGUAGAAUUUUUAGCCAGCAUUUUACCUGGAGUCCUGGCUGCUCUCCAGGAUGUAGCCACAAGCACCGAGAACCCUGGCCACGCGUGCGUCGUGACAUCCCUUGAGGCAAUUCAUCGUAUUCUAUGCUUGACGAUGAGCGACAGGUUCCUGCCCAAGAAGACCGACAUCACCGCAGAAGACUUUGCUAAGAGUUUCAGGGAGUCUGUACAAUUAUAUUCGCAACAAGAAGAGCAAAAUCAAAAUGAAGUAAGCUGUAAGGAGAAGCAAUUGAAAGAAUUACCAAAACGGUCUCCGGAGUGGUACAAGAUGGCCAGCGAUAAGCUUGUAGUCGUCACCAAGAGUCUCAUCUCGCUGAGAACUCAUGAGCACUUCAAAGUGAGGAAGGAAUUAGCUGUCUUCUGCGCUAGGGUACUCAAUGAGUGCACUUUGACAAUGCAGCCCUCCCAACCGAUAGUUCUGGACAUAUUAAUAACUUUGGCAAAGGACGAGUAUCCCGCAGUAUCAGAGUAUUGUACCGGCGUCAUUAAUGCAUACUUCGAGACCGCUUCGUUUGCCAACAAGCAUAGGGUUAUGGACAGCUUGUGCGAGAACUUCUUUGUGAUGCUCAACGGGCUGCCUAGGGUGCUGAAUAAUAUUGAUUGCGAGCGGAAGCUGUCCGCUCUUAGCCUCUUGCACGGCUACAUCCAAGUAUUAUGCGACAAUGGCCGACCCCAGCGGCUCACGAGUGCUUUGGGCAACCACAACAAUAUGAAAGCUUUAUGUGCCGCACUCAAGGGGGCGAGCCAACUAGACCAACCUGCCUUUAUGGCUCCAGCCCCGCGUGACUUGAUAAUCUCGCCGCCAUUAGAGUCUGGGUGGUUGAGACUCAGCCACUUGGACAAUCCCGCGUGCGUCCAGCGAAUGCAGCAGAUCUGCGAACUGCUGGGCGCCGCUGAAACUGCCCAGCUUAUACUGGAUCGACUGCUGGAGGAGUUCCAGCAGGAGAGGGCCGUGGAAAUUGUCUGCAUCAUCAACUGGAUGCUUGGUGGUUCCAACGACGAUAGUUUUGCGUGUCGAGUGUUAGACGCUUACUUGGAAGACAGCGUGUGGUACUCUCCCCUAGAAACAGCAAUCGAAGAAUCUGCGCCAUCCGGAACACUCGAUGUUAGUGUUUACAAUCCACGCGCGUGGGACAUCGACAGGGUGCCUGAUCUUUACGAGGGCACAGUGGAGACCCGUUUCACCGGCAUCAGCUACGACUGCCCCCGCCCCGACAAAGGGGAGGGGAUGAACAGUGGCGGGGGUAAAGCAUUGGGUAGGAAUCUACUUCUAUGCUGUGCGCUGGUGGAAGGGGUGGGGGGUGCUGCAAGAAGAAUGGGAGACAGAUUCCAGAGAUACCUGCUGAAGGCUGGAGUUAGGGCGUUGGAACGUGCCGGUAGUAGAUACGAGCUUCUCCACCUAUCAGGAGUGAAGGCAUUGAACGACAUGGCUCUAGCGUUGGGACAUGAAGGAGUGAGUCAACUCAUACAACACAACGCUGACUACUUCACUCAUCAAGUCACUGUCAGACUCAAAAAGGCAUGGAACACGCAGUCGGCAUUAGAGAUAUUGUCUGUGGUCAUGGAGUACAGUGACCCAAGUCUUUUCGACUUUCUUUGCGGAGUCGCCAAAGAUGUUUUGGUCCAAAGCUGUGAUAAAUACUACGAACACAACCUAGAGGCGUAUUUACAGGUGUUUCUCACUUUCUUAGAUUGUAUAAGGAAAUGGUUUCCAAAUAAUGACAAUGAUAACGAUAAUCUGAAUAGUAGUGAACAAUUAGAUUUAAUGGAAGACUUGUUAGAGUAUAUUAGGAAUACAGAAGAAGUGGAGAGAUUAAUGGCUACGGAAGAGUUUGAACAAGAGACGGGUAGGAGUGUAGAAGAGAUGUAUAAAGAAGAUCUGAAGCGGAAAGAGGAGGAUGCACUCGAUUACGACGAUAGAGUUACUGAGGACAAGCAGCCAUUGCCCCAGCACGUGUCGGUGACGCUUUCGAUUAUGGAUCGUUGCCGGGUGUUUGUAUCGAGCGAGCGACGCGACGCCGCCUCGACGGCGAUGCGGGCCCUCAGUACCGGGCUGCCUGUACUGAUGAACUAUCAGGAUGAACUGUUGCCGCUAGUACAUAGGAUAUGGGCCCCGCUAGCUGUACGGUUCACGACAUACGAGCCCGUUAUCUGGCGGCGCGCGCUCGACCUGCUGGUUACCAUGGCGACGCUCUCCAAGGACUUCAUACAUCACAGAUGUGUCAAGGAGGUGAUGCCCCACAUCUACAGCAGCCUCCACAAGUGGUCUGAAUGUAAUCUGAAGGCCUCCUCCCCUGUAUAUGGAACCAGUACGUUACUACAAGUACAGGCGCAUACUCUGGCCGCGAUGCCGACGCUGGCCGGCAGUCUGCAGCUGCGAGAUGAUAGUUUGAGUGACGCCAUGAGAUGCGUACAACUAUACCUGGCAGGGACGCAGCCGGAACAACUGCAGAAACUAGCGGUGGAGUUCUUCGUUUCCAUACUUAAGUACGACGUAGGCGCGGCGUGGUAUCAUCUCCGGAACUUAUGCGGUAACAAGGAUACGCUCAAACCUCCGCUCGUUAGCACGCUCCAACUACAAGCGAUAGUGGGGACGCCGUACCGCGCCGAAAACAAACUUUACGAAGCAAAUAUUAAAGCCAUAUUCGCAUCCUCUCGAGUUGACUUCAAAUAAAACAAUUGAUUGGCAGUAAUUCGUGUAUUUUUUAUUUAUAAAACACAAUCGUCACAGAAUGAGGGGUGUUUGUGAAAUCUUACGUCACCAGGUGGCGCCACUGUGACGUCAGAUCUUUUGUAUGAUGUUUUUGGAGCGAAUUCCAUAGACAAUGAGAAAAUAUGCGAUUUGACGGAUGCGUAGACCUUUCAUCUCAAUGUUGCCACCUGCUGCCCGUAAUUUCCGAAAACUCUCAUUGAAUGCUUAUUCUCUCUUUCCCACCUAGCUCUAGCGGUAGAACAGAAUGGUGUAAAUACAUAUAUUGUUUUAAACUUUCAUGGUCACUAACAUUAUAGCUAUUAACGGGAUUGUUACCAUGUACCUUGUUUUUAUCAUGGCGCUUGCAACAGUGCCGAAAUAUCGGA